AUGCACUUGAAUGUCGAACCCACACCAAGAAAUCACCAUAAUCAAACAGUACCCUCUUCGAUGGAAGGCGGAUCAAAAUCCAGCAGUGCUGGCCCCAGCCAGGCCGAAUCCCUCACUCCUGAGAGGGCUAGCAAGCUUUACAAAAGAUUCUUUAAUGUAUGGAAACAGCGAGCGGUGAGGAUCCGCGACGACCAUUUCCACCGGAUGGAACAUCCUUCUAGGUUAGAAAGGCGACCAACCGUCAAUAAUCGAGUAAUUGCAUUGGCAAGUAACUCUGUGGGGUCACUUGCGACAUGGGCGAGGACAGACGGAAGUAUUACUGUAAUGAACGUCGCAACAGAAAGAUACAGUUUUACGAUUAAGGAAGCGCAAGGUGUAGGAAAGUUAUGUCUGUCGAUUGCAUGGAAUCCAGUAGAAGCCGACCAGUUUGUCACUGUUGGCACUUCGACAUCUGUUAAACUGUGGAACGCUUCGGAUAGUAAAAACCCAUUAUUAAAAACUCUAGUCACUGGGUCAAGAAUUAAGAACUAUAAAUGCUUAUUUGAUCCCCUAGGGCAGUGGUUGCUCGUUCUGACGAAGGCUAGUGAAAUCUACUUGUAUGCUGCUACCGAAGGCUACCGAUUGCACUCGAUAUCCAAGAUUCAACCUGAACAUGAAGCUGGCGCGGGGAGUUGUGAUACUGUGGAGUCAGUGGCGUGGCUAAAUGAUGGCCAGCAUAUUAUACUAGGUUUUAAGCUUGGGUCUAUAAAAAUAUUUAAACUGGGAGAUGCUGGGUUUGAAAUUCGGAAUACAAUGUUUGGUCAUUUGAAAACCAUAACUUCGCUUGCAGUUGAUCCAUGGGGUCUUUAUUUUGUCGCAGGCUCUGAGGAUGGCUCCUGUUCUCUUUGGUCGCUCAAAGAUUUUACAUGCAAAACAGUACAUUCCGAGCCUGAGGGUGUCGUAGAGAGCGUGAGCAUUUCAGAUGACGGAUUUGUUUUGGCAGUGGGAUCACGGAUGUCAUCUAGAGAGCAGAGUAAGUUCUCAUUUCGUUCACUUCUAGGUCAGGAGAACAUGUAUGAGAUUUCCUUCAAUAGCAAUGCCAAUUCGCUAGUGCACUUUAUCCCAGAGACCAUGAAAGUACUCUUUACGGAGGAAAGAGAUAUCGUCACAAUACUAAAGUCAACCUGCAGUUCAAUAUUAUAUACCAGCGAAGAGUCGGAGAAGAUGGAAGCGGGUUUGGCUGCCACAUCCAACGUUAAGAGGAUGAUUGCUGCCAGGGAUGAAGAGCGUAAGUCAUCCAAGAAGCGCAGAGCAGAUAAACUGAGGACGGUGGAAAGGAGUAAGGAACCUAGCAUACGAAGCAAGCUGGAUGAGGGUGGCCGGCAGCACCGUCGGAUAGAAGAAAGAUCUCUUCGGAGAGAAGAAGACUUGCGCGGCCGCGGGGAAGCAGUCGGGCGCUACGGACGUGAUGAGUAUGUACCAAAGAGGUUUUAG